AUGGAUCACAGAGGCUUUCACCAGGGGAGUUUUAAUAGCUUCCAAAGUAGCUCCAGUGAUGAAGACUUGAUGGACAUACCAGGGACAGCCAUGGAUUUCUCCAUGAGAGAUGAUGUUCCUCCUUUAGAUGGAGAAAUAGAAGAGAAUAGGUCAUACAAUGGUGGAGGAAUAGGUUCUUCAAAUAGGAUGAUGGACUUCUUGGAGGAGCCAAUCCCUGGUGUGGGGACCUAUGAUGAUUUCAAUACAAUUGAUUGGGUGAGAGAGAAGUCUCGAGACCGGGAUAGGCACCGAGAGAUUACCAACAAAAGCAAAGAAUCAACAUGGGCCUUAAUUCACAGUGUGAGUGAUGCUUUUUCUGGCUGGUUGUUGAUGCUACUUAUUGGGCUUUUAUCAGGUUCCCUAGCUGGCUUGAUAGACAUCUCUGCUCACUGGAUGACAGACUUAAAAGAAGGUAUAUGCACAUCAGGAAUCUGGUUUAACCAUGAACACUGUUGCUGGAACUCCAAGCAUGUUACCUUUGAAAACAGAGACAAAUGCCCAGAGUGGAAUAGCUGGUCCCAGCUUAUUAUCAGCACGAAUGAGGGAGCCUUUGCCUACAUAGUCAAUUAUUUCAUGUACGUCCUCUGGGCUCUCCUAUUUGCCUUCCUUGCCGUAUCUCUUGUCAAGGUGUUUGCACCUUAUGCCUGUGGCUCUGGAAUCCCUGAGAUAAAAACUAUCUUGAGUGGUUUCAUUAUUAGGGGCUAUUUGGGUAAGUGGACCCUGAUGAUCAAAACCAUCACACUGGUACUGGCAGUGUCAUCUGGCCUGAGCCUGGGCAAAGAGGGCCCCCUAGUGCACGUGGCUUGCUGCUGUGGGAACAUCCUAUGCCACUGCUUCAACAAAUACCGGAAGAAUGAAGCCAAGCGCAGAGAGGUCUUGUCAGCUGCUGCCGCUGCUGGUGUAUCUGUAGCCUUUGGGGCACCUAUUGGUGGAGUAUUAUUCAGCCUAGAAGAGGUCAGCUACUACUUUCCCCUCAAAACACUGUGGCGUUCAUUUUUUGCUGCUUUAGUGGCAGCAUUCACUCUACGCUCCAUCAAUCCGUUUGGGAACAGCCGCCUGGUUCUAUUUUAUGUGGAGUUUCACACCCCAUGGCAUCUCUUUGAGCUUGUGCCCUUCAUUCUGCUGGGCAUAUUUGGUGGUCUGUGGGGAGCUCUGUUUAUCCGCACCAACAUUGCCUGGUGUCGGAAGCGGAAGACAACCCAGUUGGGCAAGUAUCCUGUCGUAGAGGUUCUUGUCGUGACAGCCAUCACUGCCAUCCUGGCUUUCCCCAAUGAGUAUACCCGAGUGAGCACAAGUGAGCUCAUCUCUGAGCUGUUCAAUGACUGUGGCCUCCUGGACUCCUCCAAACUCUGUGAUUAUGAGAACCGUUUCAACACAAGCAAGGCGGGUGAGCUGCCUGACAGACCAGCUGGCGUGGGAGUCUACAGUGCAAUGUGGCAGCUGGCCUUGACACUCAUACUGAAAAUUGUCAUCACUAUAUUCACCUUUGGCAUGAAGAUUCCUUCUGGUCUCUUUAUCCCUAGCAUGGCUGUUGGUGCUAUAGCAGGUCGGCUUUUGGGAGUUGGGAUGGAACAGCUGGCUUAUUACCACCAUGACUGGGCCAUCUUCAAUAGCUGGUGCAGUCAAGGAGCAGAUUGCAUCACCCCUGGCCUUUAUGCGAUGGUUGGGGCUGCAGCCUGCUUGGGUGGGGUGACUCGGAUGACUGUUUCUCUUGUUGUCAUAAUGUUUGAACUAACUGGUGGCUUGGAAUACAUUGUGCCUCUAAUGGCUGCAGCUAUGACAAGCAAGUGGGUGGCAGAUGCUCUUGGGCGGGAGGGCAUCUAUGAUGCCCACAUCCGUCUCAAUGGGUACCCCUUUCUUGAAGCCAAAGAAGAGUUUGCUCAUAAGACCCUGGCAAUGGAUGUGAUGAAACCCCGGAGAAAUGAUCCUUUGUUGACUGUCCUUACUCAGGACAGUAUGACCGUGGAAGAUGUAGAGACCAUAAUCAGUGAAACAACUUAUAGUGGCUUCCCAGUGGUGGUGUCCCGGGAGUCCCAAAGACUUGUGGGUUUUGUCCUCCGAAGAGACCUCAUUAUUUCAAUUGAAAAUGCUCGAAAAAAGCAGGAUGGAGUUGUGAGCACUUCCAUCAUUUAUUUCACUGAGCAUUCUCCCCCAGUGCCACCAUACACCCCACCUACCCUCAAGCUUCGGAACAUCCUGGAUCUCAGCCCCUUCACUGUGACUGACCUUACGCCCAUGGAGAUUGUGGUGGAUAUCUUCCGCAAGCUGGGACUGCGGCAAUGCCUGGUUACACACAAUGGGCGAUUGCUUGGGAUCAUUACCAAAAAGGAUGUGCUAAAGCAUAUAGCACAGAUGGCGAACCAAGAUCCUGAUUCCAUUCUCUUCAACUAG